AUGUCGCAAAAGCUUCGAGCGCGAGUACCCGACGAGACUCGUCGGCCAGAAGAGGACUGGACUGGUAUUACUGACCCGGCAUCUCGGCGAAAGUUACAAAAUCGUCUAAACCAGAGGCUUUACCGCCGACGAAGAAGAGCGAAACCCUCAUCAGAGACUCCAGAAUCGGACCUAGACACCACCCUGCCUGUGCGGGAGUCGAUCCCUUUGGCGGCCGAACAACAAGGGGGCGAAAGCCAACAAACGAAUAUCGAGUUGACUGGCCCCGGCAAUGGGGUCCAAGCCAGAUCAUUAACCUUGAUACCGGUCUCUGAGCCUGCGAAAUCAAUACAUGAUAUGAAAUGGGCAGAAAUCGAAAAGAUCAUGGAGCGUUACGAGAUGUCGGCCCGUCAAAACUAUGCAUUGGGGUCUCCAAGGGUAGAUCAACUCCUGACUUUGAUUCAGUUCAAUGUCUUCAGAGCACUCGUUCAAAACACGUCCAUGGUAGGAUUUGAUAUGGACUGGCUUGACGAGGAUGCUAUCUCACCUUGGUGCUCCCGCAUACCUGAAUCUCAAAUGGCGCUUUGUCCCACAAACCUGCGUCCCACCUCAUUGCAACGCGAAGUAUCUCACCAUCCGUGGAUAGACCUCUUCCCGAUCCCCCAGCUAAGAGAUAACCUUCUGUCGUGUUACGAGAACUUUGACGAAAUGGCCCUUUGCAACGAUCUCGUUGACUUCUACGACGUUUCACACGAGAAGACCGGUCUGAUCGUCUGGACAAGCCCAUGGCAGCCAUGCGGAUGGGAGGUCAGCGAGGACUUCUUGCAUAAGUGGAGUUGGGUUGUUAAGGGAUGCCAUCAGUUGGUUCAAUCGACUAAUUACUGGCGUUCAAUGCGUGGAGAAGACCCUCUAAUGCUUAGUGUCUGA